UCACACACACACACACACACACAUUCACACACACACACUCACAGGCCUGGACACACUCACAUAAACACACUGACUAACAGCCAAUACCAGCGCCCGUCGGCCUGCGCUCUCAGCUCCAGCUCAGCUGAAGCUGUUCUCCUGCUGCUGAUCACUGAGAGCUAACAACAAACAGCUGCUUCAGCGGAGGAGGAGAGGAGGAACCAGGGAGGAGAAGACAAGUUGAGGGGAGAAACAGAACCUCCGACAGCCUCUUGUUUCCUGUGGACUCGUCCUUCAGGCGGGACUGUUGUUUCUGCUGUAGUUCAGGGACUUUUUUGGGGGGAAAAGGAGGAGGAGGUGCAGGAGUAAGAAGAGGGAGCAGGAGUGGGGCUGGAUGUUCACAUGACAUAAUCAAAGUGAAUGGGUUGCCAUGGUGACUCACGCAGGGAGCCUGACCCGUGUGGAGUGAAUGGAGGGGAGAGCCUUGGACGCCAAGUGAAGGAUAAACUAGUCGAGAGGAGUCACUGAAGAGAGAGAGCGAGGGAGAGAGAGGGAGAGGGAGGAGAGAUUAGGGAGUUGGUGGAUAAGAGAGGAGCACAGAGGAGCAGAGCAGAGGCUGAGAAUGGAGGACGGAUUUUCCAGCUACAGCAGCCUGUAUGACACCUCGUCACUGCUUCAGUUCUGCAACGAUGACAGUGCGUCAGCAGCCAGCAGCAUGGACGUCACUGACCGCAUCGCCUCCCUGGAGCAGAGGGUCCAAAUGCAGGAGGACGAGAUUCAGCUGCUGAAGUCGGCUCUGGCCGACGUGGUCCGCAGACUCAACCUAUCAGAGGAGCAGCAGGCCAUGGGGUCACGCAGAGGGCCGACCAAAGACCCUGCUUCGACGACAAAGUCUCCCUCAGCAGACAGCAGUGCUGUGAAGUCAGCCAGACCAAUGAUGGCCACUCUGCCAUUAAGACCCUCAGUGAACAACGGGACGGUCCUACCAAAGAAAGGCACUCUGCCCUCUCCGUCUGGACCUGGAUCCAGAAAGGACACCAGCACUCUGACUAACAAGAGUUUGUCCAGGUUGUCCUAUAUGUCUCAAACCUCCACAUUUCUCUAUCUGCCCCUCAGCACUGUGAGGAGAGCCAACUCAAACGAACACGUGGGAACACUGUCAAGGAAAGAUUCAGGAGACUCCAAGGGAAACAGGACUCGAGCCGGGUCGACGGGCAGCAACUCCAGUGGAAAGAGAAGUGACAGCAAACAGAGGGAUCCAGUGUUUAACGCAGGGAUGCGACGUGUGACCCACUGCAAAGAGGAAGGUUAUGUCAAAAUGUUUUUGAAGGGUCGUCCCAUCACCAUGUUCAUGCCCAGGGACCAAGUGGACGGCUACUGCCUGGAGGCCAGAGCUGAGCUGCCCAGCAACAAACUCAAGCUGGACUGGGUCUACGGAUACCGCGGUCGAGACUGUCGCUCCAACCUUUACCUUCUACCCACUGGAGAAACCGUGUACUUCAUCGCCUCAGUGGUCGUCCUGUACAACGUGGACGAGCAGCUGCAGAGACACUACACCGGACACACAGAUGACAUCAAAUGCCUGGCCGUCCACCCUGAUAAAAUCACCAUAGCAACCGGGCAGGUGGCGGGAACCUCUUCAGAUGGAAAACAUCUUGCUCCUCAUGUUCGUAUUUGGGACUCCGUCAGCCUCAACACCCUCCAUGUUCUGGGUUCAGGCUUCUUUGACCGAGGUCUGGUCUGUCUGUCUUUCUCCAAGUCGAAUGGAGGAAACUGGCUGUGUGUUGUAGACGACUCCAACGAUCAUACGCUUUCCGUUUGGGAUUGGCAAAGAGAAGAGCGAAUGGCUGAGGUUAAGUGCUCUAAUGAGUCAGUGUUCGCUGCAGACUUUCACCCAACAGACAGUAACAUCGUUGUCACCUGUGGCAAGUCUCAUCUCUAUUUCUGGAACCUGGAGAAAGGAAUGCUGGUCAAAAAGCAAGGCCUGUUCGAGAAACAGGAGAAGCCUAAGUUUGUGUUGUGUGUGACCUUUGCGGAAAAUGGAGACGCUAUAACUGGAGACUCCAGUGGGAACAUCCUGGUGUGGGGAAAAGGGACUAAUCGUAUCAGCCACGUCAUUCCGGGGGCUCAUGAGGGCAGCAUCUUUGCCCUCAGCAUGUUGAGGAACGGAACGCUGGUUUCCGGAGGUAAAGAUCGCAGACUAAUUUCCUGGGACGGAAGCUACCAACAGAUACAAACAGUGGAGGUGCCAGAGCUGUUUGGUCCCAUCAGGACUAUAGCAGAGGGCAGAGGGGAGACAGUGAUAAUCGGUACUACCAAGAACUUUGUCCUGCGAGGCAGUUUGGAGGGAGAGUUUGUGCCUAUUACACAGGGACAUACUGAUGAACUGUGGGGUCUGGCUGUUCAUCCAAUGAAGCCCCAGUUCCUCACCUGUGGGUAUGACAGGCAGGUCAGCCUGUGGCACUCCACUACACAUGAGCUCAUCUGGACCAAGAACAUGGAGGAUGCUGCCCAAUCAGCAGGUUUCCAUCCAAGUGGAGCUGUCGUUGCCAUUGGAACACAGACAGGACGGUGGCUGGUGUUGGAUACGGACUCCAAGGAUUUAGUGACGGUUCACACAGAUGGGAACGAACAGCUGUCUGUCGUGCGCUACAGCCCAGAUGGGAACUUCCUGGCCAUUGGCUCCCACGACAACUACAUCUACAUCUACGCUGUGACUGAGAGUGGGAGGAAGUACAGCCGAAUGGGGAAGUGCUCGGGUCACUCUAGUUUCAUCACCCACCUGGACUGGUCAGUGGACUCCCAGUACCUGGUAUCCAAUUCAGGAGACUAUGAGAUACUGUACUGGAUCCCAUCAGUAUGCAAACAGGUGGUGAGUGUGGAGACCACCAGAGAUCUUGAGUGGGCCACAUACACUUGCACUCUGGGCUUCCAAGUCUUUGGCCUGUGGCCCGAUGGCUCAGAUGGUACCGAUAUCAACGCUGCCUGCAGGUCCCGUGACAAGAGACUGUUGGUUACUGGAGAUGACUUUGGAAAGGUUCACCUCUUCUCAUACCCCUGCUCACAAUUCAGGGCUCCCAGCCAUGCUUUCGUCGUGGGCUCUCGGGGCGCGGGCGGAAAAAAUGUCGUGAGUGAACCGGAGGCUGACGAGCACCGUUCACCGUCUGAUAGUGAGCAGCCUCGACCGGACAUGGACUUGAGGAGCCGCCACGGCGACAGCGGAGAGAAGAGACAACGGAGCACAAAGCCCACGACCACCGCAGCUGCCGCUCGCCUUACCGCUUAA